CGUGGGGCAGGUUGCCUCGUUGAGCAUACUCCACAUUCCGCGAACGCGCCAUUGUACGCUCGCAAUUGCUCAUAAGCCACUUAUAAUCCAAGCUGCUUAGACUCACACAUGUUUUCUUUGCCCAUACGAGCUUUUGUCCACUGCACACGCAUCACGCCCAAGCCAGUGCUUCCUUGUCGUUACGUCACUCCUCGCUAUAGAGUCUCAUCAGCGAACCCGGCACAGGCAUAUUUUAGUACAGCUGGCAGAACCAUGGCGGCUUUUGAACGAUUGAUUCGAUUUGAGGAUGCCGACGGCAAGACAUUGUAUGGCAAUCUGGAGAAAGAGGUACCUACGAAGGAGAUUCAAGGGAGUACCGUCGAAAUACUUGAGGGCGAUGUAAAGAGUGGGUUUAAGAAGACUGGUAGCAAGGCCAGAGUUUCAAAGCUACUAAGCCCACUUCCAACUACAAAUAUCAUUCUCUGUGUCGGACUCAACUACCGCAAGCAUGCCCAAGAAUGCAAUCUCCAAAUCCCCGAAAACCCAGCCAUCUUCAUGAAACCCAGCGACGCGCUCGCAGGCCCUUUAGACGACAUACCCAUCCACAAAACCUGCCAAUCACAGCUUGACUACGAAGGCGAACUCGGCAUCAUCAUCGGACGCGACUGCAAAAACGUCGCCGCAGCAGACUACGCCUCGUACAUCCUGGGCUACACGGUCGGCAACGACGUGUCAGCCCGCAACUACCAGCUGCCCGCAUCUGUGUCUGGCGGCCAAUUCGGCUACGCAAAGUCAUUUGACAAGUUUGCCCCCAUCGGCCCUUGCAUUGCGAGUCCCGCCGUCGUGCCCGAUCCGCAUGCGCUGACGUACUGGACCAAAGUCAAUGGCGAGAAGAGGCAGGAGACGGGCACCGACGAUAUGAUUUAUACCGUUGGCCAGAUUAUCGAGCACUUGAGUCGCGGGACGACGCUUAGGGCUGGCACAGUGAUUUUGACGGGGACGCAAAGUGGAGUGGGGUUCUUUAUGGAGCCAAAGGGGUUCUUGAAGGAUGGAGAUGUUGUGGAGAUUUAUGUGCAGGGGAUUGGGAGUUUGGUUAAUACUAUGAGAUUUGAGUAGUUAGAUAGUGGUGUGUGGCAGUGUACAUGUCACUGUACACGCGAAGCCGCUGUGCUUGGAAACAUUUUGGAAUUUACUACACAUUGGAGAAAGGGAAAGUAGCUUGCCAGAAGUUGAAGCAUGAUGAGUCAUCUAACCUAUUUUGUCAUCAACAUA